AUGAAUGUUCACGGGGCUGACGAGAGUGGUUGGGUUGAACACUACCUUGACCUCUACGCAGACGAGGAUGCUCGUAGAGAUGGUGGAAAACAAUCCUGUUUUGUGACCUCUACGGAGCUGUUUGAGAGACUUCGGGAGGAGUCCUUACUGGAUGAGCUUGUCAUGGGGGUGUACGUCUACACAGAGCCAAGAAGCUCGUGGAUGCUUCUUACAAUUCUGUCAGGAGAUCACUAUUUUGUGGUUGUCGAGACGCAUAGCUGGUGGUGGUCCAUUGAACUGCGGGAUAGACUGAUGGUGGUGCAGCGCGGAAAGGACUUCUCCAACGUGCAGAACCGCUGCCGAGGUCGAUACCGCCGCCACCGCUUACUGCAAAAUGGGCCUCUACUUUUAUACCAUGGAGUAUGUGCGCGGCGCAGUCUUUAUGAUGUUCUUGUGUUGGCUUGUCGUCAAGGCUUCUUUAACGGCGGCGGCGUGUCCAGGCACUCACCGUCCUUGGCCCUUGUUAGUUUUAUCUGCAAAGAAUGUGAUGUGCGUCAGUUGAGUGGGACCAGUCGUGUAUGA